AUAGUGCUAGCGAAGAGAAAAAUAAGAAAAAGACCCAAAUGAGGCAUCACAUUGCCAAGAAGUUGAGUAAGACCAAAGAAAGCGAGUUGACUGAACAAGAACUAAAUGAAGAAAAUGAUAUACAUUUUGAAUUUGAUAUUCUUCCUAAUCACCUUCGCUUUUACUAG